ACUGCACUGGUCGCUUCACCGUUCGUCAAUGCUGUCAUCCUAAUCCACUGAUGCUUAUUGCAAAUGUCUUAAAAACUAGGUUCAGUGACGUGACUGUCAGGUAUGGAGGAGAGUUCCUACCGCAGUGUGGGGAAUGCCCGCGACACCAGCAGCUGCAACAGCACGCUGAAUCCCUUCGAGGCAGACAGCCUAGACAGCCUCCACCUGACCCAGUUCAGCCCCUCUGUCUUUGCCUCCAAACGUACUGCCACCCCUGCUAGCUCCAAGAAGAGCUCUCUAUUCCGCUGGUCCAUCGACCAACUGGCUAUCCUCCAUCCUGCCGACAUUGACGAGCAUGCCGUUCAGCAGGAAAGUACGCUGGAUAGCGACAUGGAGGAACGCGCCCAGCAGGCUAUUGAACAGUUCUUUUCCCAGCAACAUGUCGUUCCUUCACCCUGGUCAGUCAAGCGACCCAUCAAGCAUGUGACAUUCUCGCCAAAUCCUCCAUCUGUUUCAGAAGAAGAAGUCAACGACAGCAUGACCGAGGCACCAGAGGGUUCAGAAUACGUUAACGACAAUUGCUUGCAGCACAGCAAGAGGUCAGAAGUGUCCUGCCAAACUGUCGUUACCCUGCCCGUCGACUUUGAUCUUCAAGCAGUGCUUGGUGACAGGUUCACCUUCGAUGACAGUCAAGCCGAGGGGGUCAACGACCUCUGCAGCUCAUCCCUUCGACGCAAGCUGUUCAGCCACGGAGAGGCUAGUCCGACGAUCAGUCCUGUCGGAGGUGGGUUAGACGACCACGUCUCCCCAGAGAGGAUACCUGACAUCCCCUCACCGCAGAUCUCUCCGAUCAGGCAAGUUGACGAUACGACAUUGUCAGCCUCGGACAUCAGCCACGUGAAGACCCCCGGAUCGGCACAGAGCCAGUUUUCCUCCAGCCCGAUCUCCAGCAAGUUGACUCCCAGGCGAUGGACUCCUUACAGCCAGGGUUCAAGGUCCUCAGUGGGCCUCAUAGCCUCUCCGUCCUUUUCUCCCAUCUCCAGCACCAUCUACCCAACAACCUCGGAUUCCAGCAAUCCUAUCUGCGAUUCUUCAGGCAAGGGUAGGGCGCCCUCCUGUGACAUGAGUAUGCCAGAGGCCUCACCCAUCCUGCCGGACGCAUCCAAGUCGCAGACCGGCAUGCUGUCGCCGUUCCUGGCCAGCAUGGAGCCCCCUAGCGUCGAGAUGAUGCCAGUUUUGUACACCAUCGGUGGGAACCAUCUCAGGGGCGGGGCUCACAUCAAUCACCCGUGUGUUGACCCAAGAGUUACAGGUGAGAAGUGUUUGACGUCCCUGCCCCCAGCUGGAAAAAGGUCUGGUGAUUCCCAUGAUCAAAGUGAUUCCACCCCAAGUGAUUCUGGGGAUUCGCAGACCCCGGACCUGGCCGGACAAGCCUCCGUCUGCAGCAUGGAGCAAUCCUGCUUGCGGAUGUCCAGUGAGUCCAGCUGCGACCUGACAGCGGACCGGAUGCGAGACAACGACCAGGAGAUGCCAAACGGGAUGGGCGGCGCUAGCCUCUCCACUUCAAAGGACAUGCUGUCUUUUAUUGAUGAGUAUGAGGGCACCAGCAUCCCCUGUUCCGAUGAAGGCCACAAGCAGCUGACGUCCACCCUCUGGCUGCCAAGCCACGCCCCCUGCGACUCCCUUCGUCCCCAGCGGCCUCUCACCUUGAAGACAACUCCAGAACUACCUCAGGAUGCCGUCGGGUUCCAGGGUCACAUUAUCUCCACAAGAGGCAGCAACACCAGAUCAACAGUUGCCAUGGAGACAGCUGAGGCCCUUCCCCGGUCAAAGGUCACACCCAGGGAGCUGGUGACCCCAAUGCAGUCGGACAGCGGAUUCAACUCGCAGAGUUCCACGUCCAUGGAAGUGACCGACGGUGAAGGCCACACUGAGGAAAUGCAGUCUCAUGAAUAUUCAGUAGAAAGCUGUUCAUUGGCCGACAAGGAGAACGUAUGCAGAUGGAAAGCCCAAGUGCAGUAGACUGGAUGGGUUUUCAUCCAUAUUUAUCAGAACUCAUGCAUUAUUCAUUCCCCAACUUCAAAUGGCGCAUUCCAAACAGAGGCUUCCUCAAUUGUUUUCCUCAGGAAUUUUUGUAAUAGUGAAAGUUUCCGGCCACUCAAAUGUCAGCUGUUCGAUAACAGUUUUAGACUGUAGCAGAAACUUAUCGUCUCUAGCUUUGACUCGGAAUCAAGUGCACUCGUCACAGGUUUUUACAUGACAUUUGUUGCAAUUAUUGUCAAAAUCAAUUGUACACAGCGACUUUGAUCGUCUUGACAUUUGUCAAGAUCUUUUCCCGAUUUCAGGAUGUUUUCUUCAGGAUUGCCAUUUAUUUCAGGAUUACUCUCAUUUAAAAAUCUGGAAUACACCAAGUUGAAAACUGUGAACUUUUUACAUGUAACAUUGAUGCAGAACACAAGAAAGGGGUCUAUAAGUUAAGGGAUAAAUUGGUACAUGGUACCAUAGACCCUACGCUGUUGUGGGAUCCUCAGAA